CAGCUUGUAGUGAAGCAGGAGACUGAUGGCUUUAUGUUGACUCCUGCUGAUGAGGAAAGUGAGCAGAGUGAAGAUCAGACUCUGGACUUCAUUCAUGAUGACACUCAAAGUGCAGCAGAGAAAGAGUCUGUAUUUAAAAUGCCAGUUAUAAGCUCUGUGAUAUCAGAAGCAACCAGUGAGCACCAGCUGCUCUGUCACAACUCUGAUGUAGCUGAGAGGCAAGAUGAGGAAGAAUACCAGCAUGGAGACUCAGGAUCAACUAGAAACACAGAGCUUCAAGCAGAGAAAAGACAUCAUGAAAGUGAAAUGAACAGUAACAGUCCACACACCUCUGCUGUGAUAAACUUAAAUACAGGUAAAAAGCCUUUAAAAUGUGACAUAUGUGGGAAAGUUUUUGAGUGCAAGUCAAAAUUGCAGAGACACCUGAACAGCCACACAGGUGAGAAGCUGUUUUCUUGCAAAACAUGUGGGAAAAGAUUCAGUGACACAUCAGCAUUGAGCGCUCAUAUAAGAACUCACACAGGUGAGAAGCCGUUCCUUUGCAAGACCUGCGGGAAAAGAUUCAAUGAGAAGUCAGUAUUGAAAAGGCAUUGUAGAAUCCACACAGGUGAGAAGCCACAUACUUGUGACGUAUGUGGGAGAGCUUUCGGACAUAAUGGUCACUUGUUAGUCCACAUGAGGACUCACACAGGUGAGAAGCCGUAUACUUGUAACGUAUGUGGGAGAGCUUUCGGACGUAAUAGUAUCUUGUUAGUCCACAUGAGGACUCACACAGGUGAGAAGCCGUAUACUUGUAACGUAUGUGGGAGAGCUUUCAGACACGAUGGUCACUUGUUAGUCCACAUGAGGACUCACACAGGUGAGAAGCCGUAUACUUGUAACAUAUGUGGGAGAGCUUUCAGACGUAAUGGUCACUUGUUAGUCCACAUUAGGAGUCAUUCUGGGGAGAAGCCAUAUACCUGUAAAGUAUGUGGGAGAGCUUUCGUACGUAAUGGUGUCUUGUCAGUCCACAUGAGGACUCACACAGGUGAGAAGCCGUAUACUUGCAAAACAUGUGGGAAACACUUCAGAUCUAUCAGUAACUUGACAGUCCACAUGAGGAGGCACACAGGUGUAAAGGUGCAUGACUUGAGCACAGAGGUUCCAGUUGAAGUCACACAUAUACAGGAGAGAGACGGUUUACAUGCAAAACAUGUGGCAGAGCUUUCAGAGGCCUGUUCCAUAAAGCAUGCUAAGAAAAGUGGGGAGUGAAGUCCAAAUCCUGAAUUUUAAUUGAAAUUGCAGGUCUGGAAAAGUUAAACUAGUGAGAUAAAGAACAAAAGGAGGAGACUGCUUUAAAGUCUGAAUGAAUUUUAUACUUGCAAGAGUCAUGGAAAACCUGGAAAAGUCAUGGAAUUAGUGAAAAUCAUUAUAAGUCACAGAACUUGUUUGUGUAUAGUGAAAUUAUUAGAAUCAUCUUCAGUGGAUAACCCUCCAUAUAAUGGAACAUAAUGGCAAAUUCAUUUUCUGAAGGUGGCGUCUUAAUGUAGCUUUAAUAUGCGUCGAUGUGUGACAAUGUUUGUUUACCAUCAGGUGUGUUUU